UUGGCACUGUGGCUCCCCAAGCGUGUGGUGCUGGCAGCUUUUCAGACCCAGGCUCUGCCUCCUGCUUGUCCUGUCUCGUUGGACAUUACUGUGCUGAUGAAAUCACCAGCAGGGAGGCCAUGCUGCUUGCUAUGGUUUGCCCUGCAGGCCUGUUGUGCCCCGAAGGACAGGCAGUCGCUCCAGAUCCCAAUGGAAAUGCCUGCCCAAGAGGAUACUACUGUCCCCGGGGUGACAUUGACUCUCAUGCUAGACCUUGCCCUAAUGGAACCUAUAGUGAGCAGAAGGGUCUGGGCAGAGUGGAUGAAUGCUUGCUAUGUCCUGCAGGGAAGUACUGCUACAGGGAAUGGAGAGAGCCCCGAGGAAUUCCCCAUCCAACUGGAGACUGCCCCCCAGGAUACAUGUGCCCCCCAGGGACUGGAUUCCCCUUCUCUUUUCCCUGUCUGCCUGGCUUCUACUGGGAUAGUUCUGCUGUGGAAGGAAGAAAUACUUGCAAACCGUGUCCUGCAGGGUACUAUUGUGACUCUCCUGCCAUGACACAGCCCAAAACUUGCCCAGCUGGUUCUUACUGUGCCAGAGGUAGCUCCCGUCCUGAGCCCUGCCCGGAGGGCACAUAUGGUAGCAGAAAGGAGCUGGCUGUGCUACUGGACUGCAGCCCGUGUGGAGGUGGGUUCUACUGUGCUGGCCAAGGACAGACAGGCCCCAGUGGCCUCUGCGAGGCUGGGUUCCACUGCCGGGGAAGAGCAGUGACACCAUUGCCCACAGAUGGUGUGACAGGUGAUAUCUGCCCUGCUGGAGCGUACUGCCCACCUGGAUCCCUCUCACCUACACCCUGUCCUCCGGGGACCUACAGUAAUGUGAGUGGGUUGAGGAGCCUGAAGCAGUGCUUGGACUGCCCACCUGGAAGUUCUUCCUUGGAGAUUUCUUGCCCUCCGAGGGCUUCAAUAGCUUUCUAUGUGCAGGGCACUUACAUGGACGUACUCGGUGCCGUGGGGACAGGAUCCUGCAAACCCUGCAUGGCAGGCAUGUACUGCAGCAUAGCUGGUCUGGCCAUGCCUGAGGGACUGUGCCAACCAGGAUUUUAUUGUGCCCAAGGGUCCAACAGCACCUCACCCGUUGGGCUUCCUUUUGGUGAUCUUUGCCUAGCAGGCUAUUACUGCCCUGCUGGCACAAAACACCCAAGUGAGAUGCCAUGCCCUGCUGGUACCUGGAACGAGAGGAGGGGAGCCCAGGAUGCCAGCUGGUGUCUACCCUGUCCCCCUGGGUUCUUCUGCAAUGUGGCAGGCCGGAUUUCCCCUACAGGGCUUUGUGCACCAGGCUAUUACUGCACAGGAGGGGCACGGACCCCAAGGCCAGUGGAUGCUGUGACGGGGGAUCUCUGUCCUGAAGGACACUUCUGCCUUGCAGGCUCAGCAGCACCCUCCCCCUGCCAAGAUGGGGAAUACAGCAAUGCAACAGGUCAAGACAAAUGCUUCCCAUGUCCAGCUGGGUUUCACUGUCAGCACGGCAUAAUGCACCAUUGUCCACCUGGCUUUUACUGCCCCCAGAAGACUGGAAUCAGCUUUUACCCUUGUCCAGCUGGGAGUUACAACCCAUAUCAUGGAAUCAGCCAGGCCGAGAGGUGCCAGCAAUGCCCUGCAGGGAUGUUUUGUGGAGAAUGGGGAUUAUCCUCUCCGAGUGGCCCCUGCUGGCCAGGAUUCUUCUGCACAGCAGGAGCCAGUGUCCCAAACCCUGAUGGAGCUACAAAUACAAGCACUGGAGGCCCAUGCCCACCUGGGCAUUUUUGCCCAGCUGGUACCAGCAUCCCAUUUCCAUGCCCUGUGGGCACAUUCUCGAACAGACUCUACCUCUGGCUGGAGUCAAGCUGCACUGUGUGCCCGCCUGGCUAUUACUGCAGCUCAACCGGUCUCACAGCUCCCUCAGGAUCCUGCUUAGCCGGCUACUACUGCCUAUCUGGAGCCUUCUCCUCAUCCCCAGCAGGUGAGGAUGUCACUGGGUGA